AAUGCAGACAACAUCCUUUUGAAAGUUUGUGAUUCUUUCAAUUAUUUUUCCUUUUUCCUUUCUCCGCCUUUUGCUAGACGUCCUUGGGCCACAACUUUAAUCGUCCACAAGUCAGAAAAAACCUCAGGGACCUUCAGACCCAUAAGGUAGUCCAAGCCCUAACUCCCUCACCCCAUCUUCCCUCCGUCUGAAUUUCCACGGUCUUCCUCACCCUGUUUCCACCCGGGACGCCCAUGUUUUCCUCGGCCGCGGCGAACGUGCGAUGGAGCGUCCAGUUUGACCCUUCCCCGUCCACUUCGUCCGUGGCAUCCCUGACCGCCAUUCCUGGACGCAAGCGGAAAGCCAACUUCUCCAACGAUGAGAUGGAAACCCUGGUGUGGAAUGUAGUCCGGCAUUUCGGCGCCUUAUAUGGUUCCGAAAGCUUCCGGGCGCACCCCGCACGGCGCAAACAGCUCUGGACACAGAUCCAAAGCCGUGUCAACUUCCUCGGCUACACCGAGCGCUCGAUUGAUGACCUGAAGCACAAAUGGAGGGAUCUACGGCUGGACGUCAAGAAGAAGAUCACCGCCAAGAAGAGCCCGGCCGUCCACCGGGCCGGAACCCCCUGCAAACCACGGUUGACCCCCCUGGAGAAGAUGGUGGCUUCCACAUUCUUUCAGCCCACCCAUGAUUCGGAACCAGAGAUCAUCCUGGAUCCCGAGAUUUACUUCCCGGGAACCUCCAAACUGAGGUUUGGGCCCAUGCAGGAUGCAAACAGCCACCCCAGUAUUUACAUCAACACCAACGGGCAGCCGUCCACUCUGCCAGAAAUGGAGGAGUUCGUUGGGCCUCGCCUGGGUGUCCAGAGUCCAGACCCGUCAGUAAUUGGAGACUACAGCAGAGGGGAAGAGGAGAGCAGCUCUGCUGACUCCGGUCCAGAGCUCCAGAUUCCCGAAAAGUCGACUGUCUCCCCCCCACUGAGAAAUGACUCCCUGGUGUCCUACACUUCCGAAGAGGAGGACGCAGAAGGCCCAGAUGGGAAUGAGGGUCUCGAUCCGCCAUUCUCAGCCGAGGAAGACCUGAAGUUCUCCAGUCGGCAGGCGAUGCUCCUCCGUCGCUGCAGUUUGCGGGGAUCGCCUGCAUCCGAGCCAGAGGACAUGUUUACUCCGGUGGGUGGUCACUCUGAGUGGGGUCACGAUGGGGGUGCUGACCUUCCAGUCCUGGGACCCCAGACAGAGGACGAAGGAUCAGAGCCCCCCAGUACUGAUCUAGGCUCCUUCCCACGGGGACUGGUGGGUCCGGGGUGGGAGCCGUCGUAUGAGGAUCAGCAGCUGCCGCCGUCCAUAUCUCCGCUCGGUGCAGGGACUCUAACGGAGGAGUCCCUGCCUCCUGUAUCCCCUUGCAAAGACCCAGUAUCCCCUUCGCACUCCUUGCCACGGGGAAUCGGGGCCUACCACGCACGGGAGAGCCACCGAGGACCUUGCAAGACCACCCUCCAUCGCUUAAUGGAGAUGGAAGACCAGUGGGAUCAGCUCUACCACCACGAGUUAGCUGUGUGGCAAGAAGAACGAGCCCAGCAACGGGAGGAGCGGGCUAGAGACAGGGACCUCCAGCUGCAGCUCCUGGCUGUCCUCACCGAGAUCCGCGACGAGCUGCGGUGUUUGCGGCAGGAACGGGCAACUUCCCGCCAGGAGGGUGCUUCGCAAACCGGCACGGAGCUCACCUCGCCGUGCCUGCCUCCGAAACCCGAGGUGUCACUUCCCAAGUCAUUGUCUGUACAUGCCCCGUUGUUCUACCCUGGCAAAACCGAAUCUUGCCUCACGGGAACAACUUUGCUGAAUGGCGGGCGGGGACAGAGGGGUGUUGGGCUCAGAAGUCCCCAGGGUAUCCCCCGGCGGGGCAGGGGGCGUCCCCGAGGGUCCACAUCUCGUCACAAAAGGUUGUUGGUGAGCAGCAGAUAGGUGGGGUGCGGGUUGCCAAUCCCAGGACUAACAAGACAUCUCAUGUGGGAGGACACGUGGACAUGCCAUGCGCCACAAACACCCCGGA